AUGGGGGCGGCGGAGUCUGUGCCGGUGUUGGGGGGGCACGAAGAGCUUCUGGAUCGCUUUGUGGGCCCCACAUCCAUCCCCGCGAACGACCCGUUCUGGGAGAAGCUGCUGUCGUUCGCGUACCCGUUGCCAAAGAUGAAACCCGCAGACUUUGACGAGGCGACGAGAGAAGCGUGCACCACGCUAGCGCUGAACAACCGGCAGACGUACCAUUUCGGCAAGCUGCUGCUGCACAUGAUGCGCAGCCUGCAGCAGGUGCCCGCCAGCCCCGCGGAGAUGCCUCUGACGGCCAUCAACACGGUUUACUUCACGCGCCUCUUCGUGAAGCACCUGGUGGAGUACUACGACAGCCGCGAGAUCUGGGAGCAUCUUGUCAUCCACCUCUCGCCCGAGGAGGCGCGCGCGUUCGGCCGAGACGCAGGGCGGCAUGACUUGCUAGUGGAUACCGUGAGAUCCCUCCUAUCCUUCGUUGCACAUCAUGAUGUAAGCGCCACCAAGUACCUGCUGCAUCUGGAGGCGGUGAACCUGCUCAUUGUGAUGAUGUCCACUCAGCUGCACGCCUCGCCUGCUGUCGCAUUCAACACGGACGCUCACCUCUUUGUCGAGGCUGCCAUGAACCAGCACGACCUGGCAGUGCCGUUUGUUUCGCGGCUGCUGCACAUGUUUGUAGCACGCAUGCCCGUCCCUCCCCGCGUGCCCUUCUACGUCGCUUCUCUCUCCACACGCCAAGGCGUCCUGCGCCGCGUGGGCUCUGCUGCAGUCGCCGUCUUCCUCCUCCCCUACUACACCUACUCCUUCCUCGUCAGCUCCUCCUCCUCCUCUUCCUCCUCCUCUGCUGUGGCAAAGAGCCCGCUAGCAGACAACGCGUUGCUGCUGCUGCUCGCGCUGACUCACUACGGUCCGUCUGUGGGGAGCAGAGAGGCGUGGGAGGAGAUGCAGAGGGAGGAGGCGGAGAAGCUGGGGCGGGUGGGGGUUACGGAGGGGGGGUUGAGGCAGGAGCAAGGGCAGGGGCAGGUGGGGAAUGGGGGGGGUGUGGGGGCAGAUGCUGUGCAGGUUCAGGUGCAAGGGUUAGCGGGAGAUGCUAAGGCACUGGAGCAACGGUUGCAGGAUGGGUUGAACCUGCAAGAGGCACGGAUGGAUGGGAAGGACGGGCAAGGGAUGAUGCAAGGGCAGCAGCAGGAUCAGGAUCAGCAGCAGAGCCAGCAACAAGAGCAGCAGCAGCAGCAAGUGAGGAAAGCGCGGUGGAAUCCUUACAAGUGGGCGAUCAACAGCGCGCGAGAUGUAGACUUGGAGCCCAUUUUGAGUGCAGCAGAAACAGAGACGUCAGCAGCAGUUUAUGGCACACUCACCCCUGCCAUUGCCUCCGCUCCCUCUCCCAGAGCCACAGCCACAGCCACAGCCACAGGUGCAGGUUCAGGUGCGGGUGUGGGCAAUGGCAGUAGCAGUGGCACAGGGUCGUUUACAGGGUCUGGCAGGAGCGGUGUGAUGGCUGCUGCUAGUGGUACUGGUCGAGCAGAUUCCUAUGGCACAGAUGACGCAGUUCUUGCACAGGAGCAGCAGCAGCAGCAGCAGCAGCCCUUGUUGGCGCAGGGGCAAGCACAAGAGCAGGGAGAACAAGCAGGGCAGGAAGGACAGCAGCAGCAGCAGCAGGAGCAGGGGGGAGGGGAGGUGCAGGGGCUGGUGGGCGCGGGCAGUGAGGAUGCGGUUCGGAUUGCCUUCGCCUCGCUGCAUGAUGCGCUGGGAUUGUGUUUGACUGACGACCGCGCCACUCUGCUGCUCUACUCGCUCAUUCAUGGCAACUCAGCCUUCCUGGACUACUGCCUUGUUCGCUCAGAUCUUGACACCCUGAUCAUGCCGCUACUGGAGAUGCUCUACAACGCCCCGCGGCGCACGUCCAACCAGAUGUACAUGCUGCUCAUCAUCCUCCUCAUCCUCUCGCAAGACGCCUCUUUCAACGCCAAUGUCCAUAAGCUCAUCCUGUCCUCUGUGCCGUGGUACCAGGAGCGCCUGCUCUCCCGCAUCUCCCUGGGCUCGCUCAUGGUCAUCAUCCUUAUCCGCACCGUCAAAUACAACCUCUCCAAGCUCAGAGACAUCUACCUACACACCAACUGCCUGGCCACGCUCGCCAACAUGGCACCCCACGCGCACCACCUCAACGCCUACGCCUCGCAGCGCCUCAUCAGCCUCUUCCACAUGCUCGCUCGCAAGUACACGAAACUGUCGACAGCAGCAGCACACCCCAUGCCCAGCAAGGCAGACUCGCAGGGCAACGCGCAGGGACAGCAAUCAGCGGAUCAGGAUGGGGAUGGUGCUGGUGACGGGCCCACGGAGCUGCACAUCUACACGGACUUUCUCCGCAUAGUCCUCGAAAUCAUCAACGCCAUUCUCACCUAUGCCCUUCCACGGAACCCCGAGGUGGUAUACGCGCUGCUGCAUCGCCAGGAGCUAUUUGUGCCCUUCCGCAACCACCCCCGCUUCUGCGAGCUGCUGCAAAACAUUUUCACGGUGAUUGAUUUCUUCAACGUGCGCAUGGACGACCAUGAUGUGGACGGCGACUGGUCCGUGGAGCGAGUGUUAGACGUGGUCAUUGCCAAUGCACGCACGUGGCGGGGCGAGGGCAUGCAGAUGUUCACGGAGCUCAAGUUCACGUACGAGGAGGAGAUGCAUCCAGAGGAGUUCUUUGUGCCGUACGUGUGGACGCUCGUGGUGGCGCAUAGUGGCAUCCCCUGGAACCCCGACUGCAUUGCCAUGUUCCCCGUCCGCUCCUCCUCUUCCGCCGAGCAUUUGGAGGAUAUUUUUGACGCCGAUGCUUUUGAUACGCACUCUGAAAUGGGGCCCACGCCAAGAGAGGAGGUUUGA